UUUAUCAACCGAGAGGUUACAAGCGGGGCGUGUGUGGGCACCAUGCACUUUUAACUCAAAACUAAUUACAUUUUAAGAACAAGAAACGUAAAUACAAGUAGCUAUGAAUCUUCUUAGAGUAUUUCUGCAUAUUUUCAUGUACGUAGUGGUGGUUUGUCCCAUCAGUGAGGUGGUUUGUGUGUCGCAUCGAGGAUUGCAGGAGCAUGCGGUGAAUAGUGUUCCAGACCACCACCACCACAGGACAGAGGAGCCGUGCGAUGCGUGCCCGCGCCACGGCAAGUGUGUGCCGAGGGUGCAGUGUCCAGCUCACCUGAGACACAACUCCUAUAACCCGCUCUGCCACAUCGGGGGUCAGCGGGGCCUGGUUGGAGUCUGCUGCUUCACAGGCAGCAGGCAUGCAGCGGAGGCAGACCUGGCCGCUCGAUCAGCCAACACCAUCAGAGCUGAAGACAUCAAGAUAGCGCACAACCUGUCGCGCAAGAAGCUGGCGGAGUGGCUGCGUCACGCCGACAAGGUUCUAGAAGGGUCUUCGGAAACCGUCCUCAAUGCGUCGUCUCCAAGCUUUGCGCAUCAUUUGUCGGUGAUGACAUACGAGCAAGCAGCGGAGAAGCUUGGGCGAGGCGGUCUGCUGAACCUGUUCGCUGCUAAAGAGCUGAAGGCCCGAGACGCCAUCUCUGAUGAUGAGCUGAUGCUGGGACUCACUGACCAUGCCGAUGGUCCAUUCUGCCCUCCGCCCCCCGCAUGCCCCGCCGCGCCCCCCCGCUACCGCAGCGUCGGGGGCGAGUGCAACAACCCCGCCGCCCCCGCCUGGGGCGCUGUGCACACUGCCUUUGAGAGGCUACUGCCACCGCAUUAUGGAGAUGGUAUCUGGUCCAUCCGGCCCAGCUCGCAGGGCCAGCCGCUCCCGUCAGCCCGCGUGGUCAGCAGCAGCCUCGUCCUCGACGCCGCCGCGCCCAGCGCCACACACAACCUCAUGUUCAUGCAGCUGGGCCAGUUCAUAGCACAUGAUACUAGUGCUGGCGUCGUUUUUACUAUUGGCAACGGCAGCGCAAUAUCCUGCUGCGUAGGCGACGGCGUGGACUUCCAACCGCCGGAGCUGAUGCACUGGGCCUGCGCGCCCGUGGCCACCGCACCUGAUGACCCCUUCUACGCGCAGUUCGGACAGCGGUGCCUCAACCUGGUGCGCACGCAGCUGGCUCCAGCUAGUGAUUGUGCUGUUGGGUAUGCUAAGCAGAUGAAUGGCGCGACCCACUACCUCGACCUGUCUCACCUGUACGGCAACUCCCCGGAGAAGCUCUCAGCCCUGCGGAGCGGGAUCCUGCUGAACACCUUCAACGACUACGGCCGCGAGCUGCCCCCGCUGACACAGAGGAAGGAGUGCAUGAGUGCCAAGGAUGGAGCUGCCUGCUUCGAAUCUGGCGACAACCACGGCAACCAGAUCAUCUCUCUCACCGUCCUACACACGAUCUGGACGCGCGAGCACAACCGCAUAGCUCGCGUGCUGGCGCGGCUCAACCCCGCGUGGACCGAGGAUACCGUGUUCUAUGAGUCCCGCCGGCUGCUGCAGGCAGAGUUCCAACAUGUGGUGUAUAAUGAGUGGCUGCCGUUGCUGCUGGGUCCCCGCAUAAUGCAGAAGUUUGGCCUGUCCCCGUCACCGGGAUACUCCACGGCGUAUGAUCCUCACGUGAACCCGUCCCUCACUGCAGAGUUCUCGGCUGCAGCCAUGAGGUUUGGCCACUCUGUCGUCGACUCCAAGUUUGUAGUCCCAAAUGCCAAGUCAGGGGAUCUUUACGAAGCCAUCUCCAUCCCUGAAGUGAUGUUCCAGCCGUCGCGCAUGCGCCUGCGACCGUUCCUCGACCGACUGAUCGCUGGACUGAUCCGGCAACCCAUGCAGACUGUCGACCCUUUUGUCACUGAAUCUCUGACCCGCUACCUGUUCCACGGGGGCAGUCCGUUCGGUCUGGACCUGGCGGCCAUCAACGUGCAGCGAGGCAGGGACUACGGCCUUCGCUCCUACAACGAGUACCGGCGCCUGGUGGGCCUGCCGCCCUACGCUGACUUCCGCCAGUUCCCGCCCAGCACGGCUCACCGCCUAUCAGCCGUGUACCAGAGUCCCGAGGACAUCGACCUGUGGAUCGGGGGCCUGCUAGAGGAGCCGGCGGAGGGGGGAGUGGUGGGCGCGACCUUCGCCAACAUCCUCGCAGACCAGUUCUCCAGGUUCAAGAGAGGCGAUCGCUACUUCUACGAGAACGGGCCUGAUGUCAAUCCGGGGGCUUUUACGCCGAGUCAACUGGCGGAGAUCAAGAAGGUGUCUCUGUCCCGGCUGCUCUGCGACAACCGGGACGGCAUAGAGCUGCUCCACGUCGCGCCCAACGCCUUCCUGCGCGCCGAUCUACCAGGAAACGAGCCCGUGCCCUGUGAUAGUCCUUUAAUACCAUCAAUGGAUCUAAAUAGGUUUAGAGAAGUGUAAAAUGUAGCACCUAAGAUGAAACCCAUUCUGCAGUACCUGAAGUCAUAAUAUUUUGUAUAUCUCAAUAUUUAGGCCCCUUGCUCAAAGCUAAAGAAAGGGACAAUGCAUAAUGAUAAGUUUAUAUUACGUGUCUGUGAUACAUCAGUUUCAUAAAUAAAAUUUUAGCUAGAGGCUGAUUUAAAAUGUUUUAUUUAUACUUUUUUCAUGUUAGUCAGAAAGUUUACCAUUUGUUUAAUGAUCUGUACCGUUUACUAAAUUAAUAAAUAUGGAAAGAUUAUCGUUUCAGUUUUAGCACCGUGUGUGAUUUUGAAACUCAUUUCAUAGUUUUUUCGGUUCAAAUUACAGUGGUUUUUUCUCCUUUCGGGACGGUUAUGUUUUGGUUUGUGCCUAUGUUUGUGAAUUAACUUAUUGAGGGAACUCAAUCUCUAUACUUGUCAUUUAUUUUUAUUUGCUUACACUAUAUUUAUUUACUACCUGCUGUUUUCUGUCUAUUAAAUUAAUAACAUUUCCAUUAAAUGUCUAAGAACACCUGAUUAAUGUUUUGCUGAUAAAAGUAUCUACUACAAACAUUUGAUUGUGUCGCAAAAGUGAUUCUCUGUUGUUUUAUUGAUUUUGCAUGAUUACCUUACCUUUUUGCGACAUAAUGAAUUGCUGAUUGUAUAAAAAACUAGCUAACUUAAGUAGGAUAGUUGUUAAUAUAGAACGUAGAUCAUCAAAAAACUUACUGAUUAUUUAAAUUAAAAAUAAACUUUUCAUUGCUUGGUUUUGAUUUAUAAAUAAUUUUUCAAUUUUGAAUUAUCACUGGUGCCCGAACAGUGAUUUUUGAAAAUUGAUAAAAAAAUUGCAUCUU